GCCGAGUGAAAACAGACUCCAUUUUGUGUGCGUGUCUUUCUCGCUGUGUUUUGAAGAGGCAGCAGGCAGCAAGACGAUCCCUCAGAAGAAAACACACAGAAAGAUACACAUCCUACAGCCAGAAUGAGUGGAUGUCGCAUUUUUGUCGGCCGGUUGAACCCGUCUGCCAGAGAGAAGGACGUGGAGAGAUUCUUCAAAGGAUAUGGCCGCAUCCGAGACAUCGACCUCAAGAGGGGCUUUGGUUUUGUGGAGUUUGAUGAUCCUAGGGAUGCGGAGGAUGCAGUUUAUGAACUGGACGGCAAGGAGCUCUGUAAUGAGAGGGUGACCAUUGAGCACGCCCGUGUGCGCCUGCGUGGUGGCCGGGGACGUGGUGGCGACAGAGGAGGUGGUGGAGGUCGCUUCCCGGAUCGCUAUGGCCGUGGCUCCCAGGAUAGUCGGAGGACCAACCAACCAAGUGGACAACAAGCAGAUAGGAACCCUCCUCCGAUGCGUACGGAGAACCGUCUCAUCGUGGAGAAUCUGUCAUCCCGCGUCAGCUGGCAGGACCUGAAAGAUUUCAUGAGACAGGCUGGGGAAGUCACGUUUGCCGAUGCCCACCGCCCCAAGCUCAACGAAGGGGUGGUUGAAUUCGCCUCUUACAGCGAUCUGAAAAACGCAGUUGAGAAGCUGUCUGGCAAGGAGAUCAAUGGAAGGAAGAUCAAGCUGAUUGAGGCAGCUAAGAAGAGGGGUUCCAGGAGUCGUUCCCGCUCAGAGAGCUCCUCUCGUUCCCGUUCUCGUAACCGUUCCCCGUCCCGCUCCAGGACACCCCGUCGUUCCAGGUCCCACUCCCCCAAGAGGAACUACUCUCGCUCUCGGUCCCACAGCGGCUCCCCAGCCCCCCGUGGAGGCGCAGGAGGUGGUGCUGCCCCCGCCUCCCCACCACCCAGGGCUAAGGAGACCUCCAAACGGCCCUCCAAGCCAAGCAAGUCUGCCUCUCCACACUCCCCUCCCCCUGCACAGCGUGCACCUUCCAGGUCUCGGUCUAGGUCUCGUGGCUCUCGUUCCCUGUCCACGGACAGCCGCCACUGAGUAUUGAGAACAGGAAUACACUCAUUUUGACAUGAACACACGCAUAGCUAACGCUCACACACAUACACAGUACAUGAAUACACUCCCAUUAAGACAAACGUGAACACACACACUGUUUUAGUAAGACUACAGGGCCUGCUAUCUCUGUGUUUUCCCUCGGUUUCCUACCUCCUGCCCCCUCUUCUGACAUGGCUGACCUUUGACCUACUGCAGCAUGGUGGGUGUCCUCGGUAAAAGCAUCACACUCUGAACACAAUGACGGUUUCAGUUUGAGCAUUUAUUCUGAAACCUUGGUUUUGUUUCGGUCAGUAUUUUUUACUUGGAAUGUUUUUUUUGUUUUUGUAAUUCAAAGCUCAUGUAUGAUUUGAUUCCCCUCUGCCCGCUGUUGGUUGGCAGCUCUGAUAUCAUGAACAGUUGAGAAUUCAAGUCCUGUUGCAUGAUGGUAAUGAAUGUGAUUGGGUAAGGUUUUGGGUCGUACCAUUCUCAUCUCAGUGUAGGGGUGGCGUAAGGUAACCGUUUGGGGAAUUGUUUUGUUUUAUGCUGUGAUGAUUAUUUUUUAAUAGGAUGCCAUCUUUUUUUUGGUGUGUCAGACUUUGUGACGGGCAGUGAAGAUGUUUUAUCCUCAGUGAAGACACCUUGUGAAAACAUUGUUGUACAUGCUGUGUUUUUAUUUUAACCAAUUUCUAUUGAAUGUUUAAAUGGAGUGAUAUCUCUGUACUUUUAGUUUCUAUAUAGCAUUCUAUACAUUUCCCUUUUACAACUUAUUGUGAAGAGGUUUUAACACCUGGACAAUAGUUUGGAAAAUAAAACAUUUUGUACGCUAAAGCAUGAAGUAUGAUUUUUUUUUUUUUUUUUUCAGUGUUUGAUAUGAAGGUUAUUUGUAUUUCCAUGGAAAAAGAACAAGUCCCAAAGCAAAUUACCAAUAAACAGUUUUAAAUAAAGCAUUAAAAUACAA